GAAAAAUUGUAAAAAAAAAUAAAAAAUAAACCCUGGUAAACCACUAAAACCUUGGCCUUGGCUUUCUUCCCUUUCGGCUUCUGCUCCUCAUAACAUAGGGUGUUUGUGCCGCCAAACCCCACCAUUGCCCCUAUUCCACAGCUACUCCUCUCUGAGACAUCUGAAUACGCUCAUGGCGGAAACCAAGCGCAAAACCAGAGAUGGGGGAACCCGGAAGAAUAACAAGAAGCCAAAGAAGGCCACCGAAAAGGACAAGACCAAAAGGCGAGGCCCUCGAAUACCAUCUUCGUUUCGGAAGGAGCUUGACCGAAUAAACCCUAGGACUGGCAGUCCUAUUAACAGUGACGGUGACGAAAGGAUCGAUUCUGACGAGGGUGAAGUUUUUGGGAACGACGUCUACGAGUACGAGGAGAAAGUUCCUGAAGAAGAGUCCAUGAAGAAUCGCCGCUUCGACCGGGUCGAGAACUUCGAUUAUGAACUACCACACGACUUUGAGGACGAGAAUGUGUCGUCUGAUGAUGACAAGGAGAUUGACGAUAAUAAAGACGUAUCCAGUAGUGACGAGGAUGAUGACAAUGGAGAUGAAAAACAUGUGAGGAUGUUGCAGGGAAUUACUGGAAUUACAUCCGAGGCUUUUGAUGGGAAGAAGAAGAAUAAGAAGUAUACUGUCAUUACAGAGGCAUAUCCUGAAUCUGAAUAUAAUCCUAGCCGUGAUGUUUUGGAUGGUCAUGGUCAAAUUAGUGUUGAAGACCUUCUAAACCCUCUACAGGGGAAAUCUGGUUAUAACCAACUUAGGAAGAGAGUGCAUCAAAUGGAGAGAAAAUCAACAACGACACAAGCACCACUUCCUAAAGCAGAACGAGAAAAAUUAGAGAGGAAGGCGGCGUAUGAACACUCAAAGAAAGACUUGCUUAAAUGGGAGCCACUUGUUAAGAGGAAUAGGGAAGCUCCUACCUUAUUUUUUGGUAAUGAUGUAGACUUAGGAUAUUCUACCGUAGGAGCAAUAGCAUCAGAAUUUGAACCUAGAACUGAAUUUGAGAAGAAAAUUGCUUCACUAGUACACGAUGACAAGGUUAUGGAUGCUCACUCAAAUGAUGGUUCCAAGCUUCUUGAAUUUAACAAGGUGUCUGUUGAAGAUGAAAAGGAACGCCAAAAUCGUAUUGCCAAAAUGCGCAGCCUUCUUUUCCGUCACGAGUUAAAGGCAAAACACAUAAAAAAGAUCAAAUCAAAAACAUUUCAUCGUUUGUUGAAGAAAGAUAAACUGAAGGCAGCGUCUUCUGAGAAUCAGAUGGACCCAGAAGCCUCUAAAGACAUGGCAAGGAGACAGGAAUAUGAUCGUGCGAAGGAACGUAUGACGCUGAGGCACAAAAGCAGCUCAAAGUGGGCGAAGCGCAUUAAAGAACGAGGUUUAGAUGCCCAGGAUGAAGGCACUCGAGCUGCUGUAGCUGAACAGCAGCACUUGCAUGCUCUUUUAACAAGAAAAAUGAACACCAUGAAAGAGGGCAGCAGCAGCAGCAGUGACGAAAGUAGCUAUGAGUCUGAGUCUGAUGAAGAACCUGGUUUAGAGCAGGGUAAGACGUCCAAGUUAUUAAAAGAAGCAAAAGAGAAAACACUUAAUGUUUUAAAUCAAGAAGAUGAAGUGCCAAACUCAGGAGUGCUCUCUUUACCUUUCAUGGUGCGUGGCAUGAAUAAAAGAAAUGAGGCAGCUGCUGAGGAAGCUAAACUUGCCCUUGAAGAUUUUGAUUCGCUGUCAAAGCAGUUGGAGGGUUCAGCUGGAGCUGAAGAUGUGAAAACUGCCCCUUCUAGUGGUAGAAUGGUCUUUAGUGCAGCUGGGAAGCAGGGUUCAAAAUCAAAUAAAACCAAAUUAGAUAAGAAGAGUAAUUCAGAUAGAUUUUAUGAUGAUAGUGAUGGUGAAAAUAACUUGGAAGCUGAAGAUGACGAGUCUAAUGGGAACAAUGAAAGUACUGAUAUGCAUAAAGAAGUCAGUCUUGAUCCUAGUGUACUUCUUGAAGUUUCUGGUGCUGAUCAGAAUGCUCUCUUCAAGAGCUUUGGUGAUGUUGGAGGCCCAGGUCCUAAGACAACACAUGAAGUUGCUAUUUUUGCAUCAGGCACAUGGAAAAAGGUGAAAGGCAAAAACAAUGAUGCUAGCAGCAAAAAGUCUCUUGUUUCAGUGGAGCCGGUUUCGCAGAAACAAGAAGUACAGGAAACUGAGAAGGAGUUGGGUGAGGAUAGUGAUUCAGAAAGUGAUGGCCAGAUGGUAGAUGGGAUUCUUUCUUCAGGUCCAAAAUCUUAUGAACUUCCUUCUCAAGCUGAACUUAUUCACCAAGCCUUUGCGGGAGAUGACGUGGAGGAUGAUUUUGAGAAACAUAAACAGAUGAUUUUGAAUGAGGAGAACCCUGAACCAGAAAAACCCGUUUUACUCCCUGGUUGGGGCCAAUGGACCGAUGUACAGAAUAAAAAAGGUUUGCCUUCUUGGAUGCUGAAAGAACAUGAAACUGCUAAGAGGAAGAGAGAAGAAGCUGUAAAAAAGAGGAAGGAUGCGCAACUUAAACACGUUAUUAUCUCUGAGAAGCUGGAUAAAAAGGCUGAGAAGCUCUACACAAUAAGUUUACCUUUCCCUUACACAUCAAAAGACGUUUAUGAACAGAGCAUUCGCAUGCCCAUCGGUCCUGAAUUCAACCCAGCAACUACAGUUGGAGCUCUCAAUCGGCCUGGAGUUAUGAAGAAGCCAGGUCAAAUUAUCAAUCCGAUUGAAUAUGAAGACGUGGAUCCUUAUGAAAAGGGUGGUGAGCAGCAGAAACGUAGCGGACAGAAGCAAAAACAGACCAAAAAUAAAAAACAAAAACAGAGGAAUAGUAAGAAUACUAGAAGUUGUUAAAAGAGGUACUUUCGUUGCUUCGGAAGUAGGAGAAUUUUGGCCCCUUUAAUUAAUUUAUUUGUUAUAUGAUUUAUGUUAUUUUGAAAUGAUCUGUACCAUCAUAUUAUUGAGUUAUAGCAGAUUUUGAUUUGCUAUUGAUGUAUUUUUCUUUACGAUUUUUCAAGGAAGAGAAAACACUGAAGAUGAAUAUUUGUGAUAUAUAUCACAAUAGUGAAUACUUGUGAUUCUAUUUUAAGGCAAA